AUGCGAAUUUUCCCCGAGCAUCGUCAGACAUGGAACAAGCUUCGAUCGUUACCUCCUACCGCUAUGGAAUGGUCAAUCCUUUGUCCCGGAUUCAUGCAUCCUUUGAGUCAGACGACAUACCCACUCGCCUCGAACGCUACCGCCGACAAUAUUGAUGCGAGUGCUAGUACGCCACCAGAUUGGUCGCUCAAGCUUAUGUGCGUUCCGUUGAUGGGUGGAUAUCUGAACAUAAUGUCUCAAGCUUCAGCGUAUGGCACUACGCUUGAAGAUAAUGCAGAUUUCAUUGCGAAGGAUCUUUUGGAUGGGAGGGAGAGCGCAUGGAUAUUCCAGAAAGUUGGUGUGAAGGAGAGACGCAAGUAG